AAACCUAAGCCCUCGAACCUCCUCCUUCUUCUUCUUCGUCGUUCGUCUCCGCUGCGGACGAGAGGAAGGGAGAACACCGCGAGAAGCGCUCGAUCUCCACCGCUGUUGCUCCUUCGAUUCGACAGCAUCAGCUGUUAUUUCGUUGUCUAUUUCCACCCAAAUUACUGUGGAGAAUGGCCAGCAAUCCACAGUCCUCUGGGACACAGCCUUUUAGGCCUGCAGUAGUGGGGCCUGCUGGCCCACCUCAAAAUUUUGUCCCCCCUAUGCCUAUGCAGUUUCGAACAUUGGUUCCACCAACGCAUCAGUUUGUCCCAGCAGCCUGUCAGCCAUUCCGGCCUGUUGCACAAGGAAUGCCUGGACCAAAUGUUGCCAUGCCUACUGGUCAAACACAAAUGCCCCAUUUUCCUCAAUCACAGCAUUUGCCUCCAAUAUCAGGCCAACCAGGUCAAGUGCUGCCAUCAUCACAAGCAAUUCCAUUGCCGUAUGUUCAAGCAAGUAGACCUAUUAUAUCUGGGUCAUUGCCACCUCAACAGAAUGCUCAGGUGACAAGCAAUGUGCCUAAUUUUCCCAGUUUAGGAAUGCCUCUUUCUUCAUCUUAUACGUUCAUGACAUCUUAUGGUCAGGCACCAAAUAGUAUAAAUGCUCCAUCCCAGUUUCAACCAGCAUCAAUGAUGCAGACUCCUGCCCCUUUAGUAGCACAACCCUGGUCUAUGCCUGGAACUCAAAGCAUGCCUCUUGUUGCCCCUUUGAUCCAAACUGCACAGCUACCUGCAGCUGCUGCUGUGAUGGCUCCAGCACAAACUGUCCAGCCUAGCUCUACUGAACAGAUGUCUUCUGAUUGGCAAGAACACACAUCUGCAGAUGGUAAAAGGUAUUAUUAUAAUAAGAAGACCAGGCAAUCUGUCUGGGAGAAGCCACUUGAGUUAAUGACACCUACUGAGAGGGCAGAUGCAUCAACUGACUGGAAGGAAUUCACUGCUGCAGAUGGUCGAAAAUACUACUAUAACAAAGUCACAAAGCAAUCCAAAUGGACAAUGCCUGACGAGCUCAAGCUAGCUCGAGAACAAGCAGAGAAGUCUGCAACUCAGCCAGCACCAAAAGAAACAGGGACCACUGUUGUAUCAGUUGCUUCAAGUGUUCCUUCUGUUGAGACACCUUCUGCAAGUGCUUUGGCUCUUAAUGGACCAGCAGCAGUAUCUAACGCCAUGCAGUUGCCAGUUGAUUCUGGUACCCAACCCCCGGCGACCUCUGUGGCACCAUCAUCCAUUGCUGUUGUAACAUCUGCUGGCAUCAAUUCUAGUUCUUCUGUAGGAACAGAAAACACAGUUGGUGUGUCAAAUCAUCAUGCACCUUUAACUCCAGUAAUCACUCCUGCUUCUGCGAGUAGUGAAUUUCCUUCUCUUUCUGUGGAUGCUCCAACCGCUGCAAUUAACAGUAAUCAAGACAGUUCAUCCCUUACAGAUUCUGCAAGUGUGCCUGAUGAAAUUUCUGCUCAGGAUCUUGAGGAAGCUAAAAGGACCAUUCCUGUUGUUGAGAAAACUAAUUUCACUCAAUUAGAAGAUAAAAUGGUUGAUGAAGGACAGUUCGUUUAUGCUAACAAGCUGGAGGCAAAAAAUGCUUUCAGGGCUUUACUGGAAUCUGCUAAUGUGGAGUCUGAUUGGACUUGGGAACAGGCAAUGAGGGUUAUCAUCAAUGAUAAAAGAUAUGGUGCUUUGAAAACACUUGGAGAAAGGAAACAAGCAUUUAAUGAGUACCUGGGCCAAAGGAAAAAACAGGAGGCUGAGGAGAGGCGCAUCAAGCAGAAGAAAGCAAAAGAAGACUUCACUAGAAUGCUAGAAGAAUGCAAGGAACUUUCAUCAAUGACUAGAUGGAGUAAAGCGAUAACCAUGUUUGAAGAUGAUGAACGAUUUACUGCAGUCGAGCGGUCAAGAGAGCGUGAGGAUCUUUUCGAGGGCUAUAUAGCGGAGCUCCAGAAGAAGGAGAGAGCAAAGGCUGCUGAGGCGCAUAAAAGAAACAUUAUGGAAUAUAGAGCUUUUCUUGAAUCUUGUGACUUCGUCAAGGCAAACAGUCAAUGGAGAAAAGUCCAAGAUCGUCUGGAGAGUGACGAAAGAUGUUCUCGACUUGAAAAGAUUGUUCGAUUGGAGAAUUUUCAGGAAUAUGUUCGUGAUCUGGAGAGAGAGGAGGAGGAACAGAGGAAGAUGCAAAAGGAACAGUUACGACGUGUAGAGCGCAAAAACCGUGAUGAGUUUCGUAAGUUGAUGGAAGAACAUGUUGCUGCUGGAGUUCUUACAGCUAAAACUCACUGGCGUGAUUAUUUCACACAGGUCAAAGAUUUGUCUCCUUACUUGGCAAUAUCAUCAAAUACAUCAGGUGCAACACCCAAAGAUCUGUUUGAAGAUGUUACUGAGGAACUUGAGAAGCAGUAUCACGAGGACAAGGCUCAAAUUAAAGAUGCAAUGAAGAUCGGAAAAAUUACAUUGGCUUCAUCAUGGACAUUUGAGGACUUAAAGACUGCUGUUGCAGGUAUUGAUAGUUUGAGAGGAAUAUCUGAGAUAAACUUGAAGCUGGUAUUUGAUGAGUUACUGGAAAGAGUUCGGGAAAAGGAGGAUAAAGAUGCUAAAAAGCGCCAACGUCUUGCAGAUAAUUUCUCUGAUCUGUUAUACUCGAUCAAGGAAAUAACUGCAUUUUCAAAUUGGGAGCAAUGCAGAUCACUUUUUGAAGACAGUCAGGAAUAUAGGUCAAUUGGUGACGACAAUUUUGGAAGAGAGGUUUUUGACGGGUAUGUUGCUCACUUGCAAGAAAAAUUGAAAGAGAAAGAACGCAAGAGGGAAGACGAAAAGGCAAAAAAAGAGAAGGAAAGAGAAGAGAAAGAAAAAAGGAAGGAGAAAGAGAAAAAGGAAAAAGAGAGAGAACGUGAAAAAGAAAAAGGAAAGGAUCGGGCUAGAAAGGAUGAAAUAGAGAGUGAUAUCAUUGAUGUGAUGGAUAGCCAUAGUUCGAAGGAUAAGAAACGGGACAAAGACAAAGAAAGGAAACACCGUAAACAUCAUCACACCAAAGCAGAUGAUAUAAGCUCUGACAAGGAUCAGAAAGAGGAGUCUAAGAAGUCCAGGAGACAUAGUAGUGACCGAAAGAAAUCCCGAAAGCAUGCUUAUGCUUCUGAUUCUGAUACUGAAAAUCGGCACAAGAGGCAUAAGAAGGAUAGAGAUGGAUCUCGGAGUAAUGAUGGUUAUGAAGAACUUGAAGAUGGAGAACUUGGCGAAGAUGGGGAAAUCCGUUAGUUCCUUUUAACUUUCUGCUCUUUUAGUGAUUUGUCAUGGUCUUAUCCUUUCUCUUACUGGGAAUUUUUAGGUUGUAGCUUUUUUAACUUUUUGUUGAUAGAUGUUAUCAACAGCUAAAUUUUGCUAAUACAUUGCUGCUGUUAAGUGUCUAAUGUUGUAUGAAAACUAUUUCUGUAGUUUCAUUAUUCUAUCCUGUUAAAAAGUGUCUCCUUUUGCCAAAACUGAAAUGAUUUCCAGAAAUUGCUGAAAGCAUAGUGAUGCCUUUGUAUUGACUUCA